CUAUUACUUUGAUUCGAGCUGGUCACACUGUCAGUCGUUCGUGAAUUUUGUGGAAGCCCGUCUGCUGAUGUUUUCGUCGUUGCGGCGGAUUUUCUGAUUCUCAUUUGGUUCGCGAAUUUCACCCAGCCUACGUACCGCGCUCGCAUAAUUGACAAACAACCUAACACCGAUCCGUGAAGGAGUUUUUUGUAAACAUAUCGUAAUUGGCCUGCAUUUUGCAUAAUUUACGCAACGAAAGGGGCAGCUGCGUGAGUGCGACCGAGACCCAAGACCGAUACAGAAGCAAAAGAGAGAAAGAGAGAGAGAGGGCCUGUGGAGGCGCAGGCGAGUUGGCAGCCAAGAGGCGAAAAUCAAAGUCUUUUUCGAAAUUAGUUGCGAGCCCCCUAAAAAUAGCCCAAUAUGACGCGCUUGAAACAUUUCUCAACAUAGAAUGAAAAUCAAUUAAUAAAUAAAAUUAAAUAAUCAGCUAAAAAACGCAUAUCCUAAGUGCCAACAACGCAUAUUCUUCAAAAAAUCGAAAAAAAAGUGUUUAAAAAACAUAAAUCUAAAUUUAUUUUUCAAUUUUAAAGUUAAUAAAAAGUGUUAAAAAAAAUCAGUCAUCAUGGCGCGAAUUAGUAGUUUGUUUUUUAAUUCGUCGGAGAAUUUAGAGACUAAAAAACUUAAUUAAAAGAGUAAAAAAAAAGAGUUAAAAAAAAGAGUAAAAAUAAAUAAAAUUUUUAAACAAAAUCCAUUUGUUUGUGAGUGCAAUAAGGAAGGAGAAAGAGAAAGAGAGAGAGAGACUGUUCCAGAAAAGUGCAAGCCAACUUCACAUUCCACCACUUGACGGACGGGGGGAUUGCUUUUGAAACCCAAACCACAACAGCAACAACAACACUCGUGUGACAACCACCACCCACCUACCACUUUGGUUAAACUUUCUUGGUAACUCAAAGGGUUAAUCGCCUAAUGGCAAGUUCGCUAAACAAGACGAGACACAGGCGCAGACUGGCUGCGAUCUCGUUCCUAUCGAAUAUCUCGUUAGAUGGCACCCACCGGGACACAAAAUUUGGCGCAACAUUCGGCAGCAGCCUGCUCUGCAGCAACCAUAAUAGGAAUCCAACCUCGCUGGUACUCGGCACAGGAGGAGGCUAUCAUCCGCAUUAUCAGCAGCAUCACCACCAGCGCAGCCACUCGGCCACGCACCACAACCACCAAAAGCGGCAGCAGCAGCAGCAGCAUCCGCACCACCAGAACCAACAACAGCAGCAACAACAUCAUCAGCAGCAGCAGCAACAUCAUCAACAAAACCAACAACAUCAGCAGAAUGGAGGAGCUCCAUGCUCGCCGCUCCUCUGCAGCGCCGAUGUCCAUAUGGGCAUCGAUGGUGGCUUCAGCCUGGAGGACUGCACCACAGCCGGCACCGCCGCUGCCAGCGAUGGUGACGGGCAUUUUAGUGAAACUGAAAAUAUGGGUCACCACCUGAUGAAUGUCCUGCCAGCGAAAGCCGGCCAAUCGGCGCCGGCUGAGCGACGCAACAUAAAGCGACCGACCUCGUCGGGUCGUCAUCCGGCCACCCAUCAGGGUGCAAGUGCUCCGGCACCGGGCAGUGGCAAUAUGAUCAGCAAGCAGCAGAACCAGCUGCAACAGCGGCAGGCACGGGGCUGCACCGCCGGCAGUGGGGGAUCGGGUGCCGAGAGUGGCAGCGAUUCCGACAGCGUCAAGAUACCGCUCAAGGUGUCCAAUCUGGGCAGCGGCGGUGGCGUCACCGGCGGAGGAGGAGCAGGAGCAGGAGCGGGAGCAAAGCUAUUACCGCUAAGGGAAAGAACCUUUAGCAAUGGGGCCAGCGACCAGAACCUGCUGCCGGAGAGGCGGGCCCGUUUGAACACGGCGCCCGGAAUGCGGGCGGGCUCCAAUUCGAGCAUCGCCGUUGGAGGCGGCCUGAAGCGUACUUAUGUGCUGAGCGGAUCGAGUGUCAGCCACAUUACGGAUGACAGCAGCACGGAGAGCCUGACGCCGGCGGGCAACUUUGCGGGCAGUUUCCGGAACAGCCUGAGCAAGUCGGUGCAGAUCAGUGAUGGCAGACGCGGAACUGGAGUCCAGGGACUGGGAUUGGGUCAGGGCAGGGAUGAGCGGAUGGUCUUAGUGUCUCGCAAAGUGCCCUUUUUCAUUUUCUCCGCAUUGCCGUACUACAAGGGCAAGAAUGGAAGGGCCGAGUUCCGGAAGGAGGAUCGUCGUCGCCGGAAUCCUUCCACUUCACGCCCCUUGAGCUCUAUCAACGAUGCCCCCUUUGAUCCUUUCGAUUUGUUGGGCAUCCAAAAGGCGGAAAGUGGUCAGGAUAUAUCCUAUGGCCACCUGCUGAUACCAUCGCGUCAGUAUGAGAAAGAACGCAAGAAGCACGGCAAUGCUUCCACAAAUCCUUCCAUCUUCGAGAACCAAAUGGAGAUUACGAGUACAGCCGCCCUCAAGAACCACGGCAUUGCAAGCACAAAAACCAUAACCAAACGUCAAGGCAAAUGGUGCUUUACGUAUGAGAACAAUAACCGGAAUAGUGCUGCAAGUCCUACUCCAGACUUGAAGCUAGAUAUGGACAUAGAGAGUGUUAUCCUGGGAGAUUCAACGAGGGGUCAAGCGUACUCCGCCAGCAUCUUGGAUGAUCCUGAACUAAUUGCCGGCAAGCAUCGCACUCUGCUCACCUUCACCUCGUACAUGACCUCCGUGAUCGAUUAUGUGCGUCCUUCGGAUCUGAAGAAGGAACUGAACGACAAGUUCCGUGAAAAGUUCCCCACCAUACAGCUCACGUUGAGCAAGCUGAGGAGCAUCAAGCGAGAAAUGCGUCGUAUUAACAAGCUGGACUCGCGCAUCGACCUGGUGACCAUCUCUCAGGCGUACGUGUACUUCGAGAAGCUCAUCCUGGCCAACCUGAUCAACAAGAGCAACCGCAAGCUGUGCGCCGGCGCCUGUCUGCUGCUCAGCGCCAAGAUGAACGACGUUAAGGGCGAGGCCCUCAAGAGCCUCAUCGAGAAGACGGAGAGUGUGUUCCGGCUGAAUCGCAAAGAGCUGAUAUCCUCGGAGUUUGCAGUGCUGGUGGCGCUGGAAUUCAGUCUCCAUGUCCAUCGGCAUGAGGUGCUACCACACUAUCAGCGGUUGCUCUACGAAUCCUAGGACUGGCCAAGCCGCUUCGGCGGCGGGGAACGGAGUUUUUUGGCGGCGGCGCAGGCUGUCCAGCAACUGGUCCGCAAGGGCAGUCGCAGGAGUCGACGGGGCGCUGCCUACUUUUCGGCGGGCGAUCGUACUUAACCGCUCGGGCGUAGCAUACUUUCGGGUGUUGGGCUUUCAAACGAUUCAAUAAUAUUGCUAGACCUAAGGCGUACCUAAACAUAAGUUCUUUUUGCUAAUUGAAAAAAUGGAAAACAAAAAAAAAAAACAAAGAAAAAAAAUAUUA